AAGACACUCAGGCAGUUUUCAGUGCUCAGCAAAGGCGCUUUGUUUCGUCUGCUAGCUGUGCACUCUCGGCCUCGUAUUUUGAAUGAAUGAAAACGGCAUGGGCUUUAGCUAGUGUCUCAAAAAAUUGUAGGGUUUUGUUGUACAGGUUGGAAGGAUGGCGACUGUCCAAAAAUAUCUCAAACUGGCCAAGUCAGGGACAACUUAUUCAAAGAAAAUGACUCUGCUUAGCAACCGAAUCUUUGGUGAAGUUACUCGUCCAGCCUCAGUUCCUUUGCAAACUAAGGUAACUGAUAAACUCAGUAAGUUGCCUGUUGAUAAGGAUCCAGAUGUAGUUGAUUAUUAUCAUCGACUGCCAGAGGCACAUUACUUAUUUGUGUUCUUGAGACAAUAUGGUCUAUUCAGAGAUGAACAUGCAGACUUUACUGAUGAAAUGAAGCGGCAACGCAAACUGAGAGGGAAAACACACGCUUACCCAGGCUUCAAACCUAAUCCUGACAGACCAACAAAAUUCGCAUCUCUUAAAUUGAAAUAGUUUCAUUAGAUAAAAUGUUACAGUGAAGCCUUUUUGUAUCUAGCUUAUGCCAUAUAUCAAGAUAUGUUUUCCUGCAAGCAAGGGCCAAUGGCACUCCUGAUAAGCAGUUCUUCUUCCUGCUUGAUUUUUUGUAAUGAAGUGUUACUGUAUUUUGUGAUAUUCAAUGUUUGGGAAAGGUUACAAAUUUUAGUGUGAAAUAGUUUAAAAUGUAAUUAGAUGGAAUGAUUGUAAACAAAUUAAAAGUGGUUUAAUUCAUUUAAAAGUGA